GGAAGAAUUAAAAACUAAUCCUCUGUUUGUCUCAUAAUAAAGUAAUAUCAACGAGCAAAAUACAAUUGAUUGCAUUAAUACAACAGUGGGUAUUAGCCGUUGGCUAUAUUGUUUUCCUCGGUCGUCUGCCGCAAACGAUAAAUAGCAGCGAUAUCGUGUUUACGAAAUGCCAUUCGAGACUUCGUCUCGCGAGUGAAACAUUUGACGUUAAAAAAAAAAAAACGUUACACUUUAAUUAACAGCGCACAUUACGUUAAAAUCACGUUGUUUACAUUUCGUUUUCUUUAGUUGGACAUUAUUCAGGUUCCGUCAGUGUUUUAUGAUAAACCGAAUAAACCGAUCAACGAAAAUGUUCGGAUUUCACGUAAACAAAACACUAUUACCGAUAAAGGCGAACUAUUUUCUCGUGUUCGGAUGUAAGUAUAUAUUAUUAUAUCGUAGUGACCGGAAUCGCGGCGAGUUUGACGCGAUAAUGGUUUUUUUUUUUUUCCGUACGUAUAGGCAUAGGACCAAUACUGGGGUUUUUGCCCACUUACGUCAGACAAUUGGGCUACUCCGUAACGACUUACGGCGUUAUUAUGACGUUCAUGACGUUUAUAACGAUGCCGCUGUGUCCCGCUGUCGGUAUGAUCGUCGACAAAUUCCGAGUGAAGAAAUUGUUGUUCCUAACGACCCUGUUCGGGAUGGGAUUAAUGGUGGUUUUGUUCAUGUUAGUACCGAAAUUGCCGGUCGAUACGGCGGCGGUGGCGGAACUGACGUGCGACCGGAAAACGGGGAAAUUGGCGGUACGCGCCGGAAAAGAAACGACAAUUUUCGCUGAAAACGACACCGACGGCGUACUAGUCACGUGUGAGGUAGUACCAAUAUUAUAUUACGACUGUCAACGAUACGACACAGUUAACGAAAAAAAAAAAAUUAAAAGUAAAGAGCUGAUACCUGAGAACUGUUGCGGCCACUGUCACUGGUGAAAAACGGAAUGCGUAUCAAUUUUAAAUAAUGAAAUCGUAACGCCCGUUAAUUUGUCAGUUUUCAUUUUACAUUUUUUGUCCGGUUUUUCCUAAUUUCAAUUUGAUUAAUUUAAAAUAUGUUUGUGCUGUUUGUGUUAUUAGUAGCUAUUUGAAAUUUUCGAGUACCUACUUUUAGUUUUGUGGAUAUAAUUUUUUGGCUUCUAAUAAAAUGAUCGAAUAUUUAAUACUACAUUUGCCAUAAGUCUCUGUGACAAAAAAAAAAAGUGAGUCUAAAUUUGUUUUUUGUUUUGUAUGAAAACUAAAUCACUAUAAUGCAAACGUUUAGGAGUGCGCAGAAACAAAAACAAGCCGAUCUUCGAUCGGCCGCGAACAGUCUACCUUACGGUACAUGAAGCUGCCAUUAGUUGACCUUGCAAAUAACAUAUCCAAAGUUUCUUACCUGAUUUGUUGAACAUUUUUCAAAUUUUUUGGACAAUAUAAACAAAGUUAUUCAACUUGAAGUUUUAAAAAAUAAUUAUCUAACAUUAUUUGAUUUUGUUCAACAAAUUUCAACAAUGGCCAACGAGUCAUAGUAAAGGUUGUUUGAAUUUUUUUUUAAUUUUGUCAACUUUGAGGUACCAGUUUCGCAUACUCCCCUACCUUCAUUAGGAAUUUCUCCCACCAUAUAACAAGUUAUACAGUGUCACGGUUUUUUUUUAUUCACGAACCAAGGUCUAGGCUGAUGUUAUUGUGCUCGCGCUGUAAAUGCCACAUAUUGCGUUCAGGAUAUAAGGCUUGCCAUGCCCAUACAGUCGUUGUCAGUCGAACAAUACUAAACUCUCUCCGAAGAGUGUACUGUGAUUAUGAUAAUUAUUGGAUACCAAUAAACCGAAAAUAUAUCCAAUCCGUGUUUUUGUUAUCUAUGAUAAGAUGGCGUUAACCAUUGACGUAAUAAUACUAAAAUUGCAACAAUUAUAAAAUACAUGACCAUAUUAUAAAUAUAAUGGUAUGUUAGGUUAGGACGUUGAUGACCUAAAACACACACAAAAAUGCCCUGAAUAAAAUGCAAUAAAAACUUCAAAAAAUAAUCUAAGAAAUCGAAUAAGUGAAAAAAAUGUAUUUAUAAAUAAUAAUUUUUAUUAGAGAUGUAGUGUGAAUUAUAAUUUUAAUAAACAAUAGUAUACAUUUACUUUUUAAGCAUUUUAUAAAAUUAUUGAAAAUGAAUUAAAAAGUAAAAUAUAAAUAAAAAAAUUAUAAUAAAAAUAUUCAUAUUGCACUGUUGCACUGUACAAUUAAAAUGUCUGAUAUUUUUAAACAAAAAACGACAACGUCGAUCAGUAAAUAAAUGUUUGUAUGAUGAAAAACUUCGCUCGACAUCAAUGGACGUUAUGGUUGCAUACUUGAAGUAGAUCAUGUCAUUUGUAGUUAGAUCUUCUGGAAUAUCUUCUCCUCUUGUGCCUUUACCAUCGAGCAAUUCAGAACUGUUAGUUACAAUAUUAAAUCCAUUAUUCUUCAAAAUGAUAUUCUCUAUUUCGGUUGCUAUUGUUUGUCCGAAUUUAUUUUGGGAUUUUUGGAUUAAACACUCAAUUUUUUGAAUGCAUUUAAUUGGUUCUAAUAAUAAUAUCCCGGACGUCUCCAACUAUGUCAUUUCCGAAGGUAUAAAUCCAAAAUUAGAUUUUAAAUCCAUUAAAUUUGUUUACAAACAUGAGUUUAACACUUGCUCUAUUGCGCCUUUAAUUGCGAUUGAAUCAUUUUUGUCUAAUUCCGGAAUCACUUUUUUUAUAUCAGAUAAAUACCCACAAUAAUAAUUUUCUACAUUUAUCCAUAUUACCCAGCGUGUGAGUAUGGGUUCAGGUGGCAAAGGAAUUCCGGAAGCAAUAGUUUUAAAAAUUUCUACUCGAUAUGGCUUUCAGAAAUACUUUUUGAACAAUUGAUAUAAGUUUAUUUAUGUCUAGAAAAUUUGUCCUAAUUUCUUAAGCCACUCUAUUAAUUGCAUAAAAAAUGCAAGUUAUGUGUAUCAUUUUAGAAUAUAGGUUUUGUAUAACUUUUCCUGCUUUUACCAUAUAUGGAGCCACGUCAGAUAAAAAAAGAUAAACGUUGUCAUUUUUAAUAUCCAGAGACCAUAGUAUAAACAUAGAUUAAUCAAACAUUUUGGCGAUUGUUGAAUUAUUUGCUUUUUCCAAAACGUCAGUAUGCAAUAAAAUUAUUUUGCCUGUAUUUUCUAAUUCCAAAAUCCCAAUAAUGACAUUUACUACUUAUCGCCCUUCGACAUCCGUUGUUUUGUCAAUGCUGACCCAAAUUUUUUUAUUUUCUACGUAGUCUGGGAAUUUUUUGCAUUGUAUCAUUGUAACACAUAAUUCGUACGUAAAGUUGACUCAUUUGGGAUAUCAACUUUAAUAUAUUUUUCUGAAAAUUUUCGAAAAUGUUCGUUGUUUAAUUUAUUAAUUUUUUUAAGCGGAAUAUUAGCUAAUAAUAAUGUUUGACAUAAUUUCCAAUUAAAUUAAAUUUGUUUGAUGUAUUUUUUGUAUCGGUCAGUAAUAAUUGAGUUUGGUUUUUCUUCUUUUUGUCACUCAACUCCCUGUGUUUUUCUCAAUUUACGUGUUGUUCAACAGUAAAUCGUUUCAAUGCACUUAUUUUAUCAAUAUAUAUUACUCAAAUAGUAAAUCUUAUUGGUACACAAUAAAUUUGAUCACAAAAAAAAUCCUAUAUUUUGAUUAUACAUUUUCGUAAGAGUUUCGAUUCGAGUCUCGAGAAAUACUCUAAUGCCUGCGUGAACAUGACGGCAACGCAAAUAAAUUGUACAUUGUUCGUGCGAUGAAAACUUUCUGUUGCGCAUUGUUCUACAAGAUCAAAUUAAACAAUAAAAAUUAAUAUAAAAGGUGAUAGAACGAUUACUAUCUCUACUGAAUUAUUUCAAUAACAACUUGUAACUAACUUUAAAACUAUAAACGUCGUCUUUGUAACAGUCAGUAUUCCGGAUAAAACUAAUAUUUUAUUGCUUAAUGCGAUAAUAUUAUAAUUAAAGCUGGGCUCAACUCGCCGCGUAUCUUAGCGUAUAAUAAUACGUAAAAAUAAUAAAUUAUAGAAUUAUUGUUUGAAUGUGACAAUCUCGUAUAAAAUAUUUUAUAUGCUCAGUGUCGGCCUGGCACACCAAGGGCCACUGAAGCAUUUUGUUUUUAGAGGUCUCAUAGGCCAUCGAUGAUAAAUAAACUCUGAUUUCCAGAGAUAUUUCAGAUUUUAGUAAUUGGUAAAAUAUAAAUUUACUCGUUCACACAAUUAUUUUAUUAAUUUACUGCAGUCUGAAGUAGUCAACUAAUCCCUAAACAAUACUAUAAGUACAUAAUAUUUUAAUAUCUGCAAUAGGUAUAAUAUUUAUUAUUUAGAUCAUGGAUGGCCAAACUGCGGCACACGUGCCAUUUGUGGCACAUUUAUUGUUAUAGAAUGGUACACUAGUGUCAGAUAAAAUAAUAUAUAAUUUUUAAAAAUAAGUAUUAUUAAAUUAGAUUAUAUUAUCGCAGUGGAAUUUUCCGAUUAUUAUUCCGAUACGAGAAUUGUUUCGGUACGUGUGUACUAGAUUACUACAAUAAAGUUAAUCGUAUUAGAAUCGCCGUGCUCGUGCGUUAACGCAGUAGUUUGUGCCGUUGUGUGUGUGUGAUAGUGAAAUGGCAUCUAAUAAACCAGGAACUUCAGGUUUAGGCGUAAAACGAAGUUAUAAAGAUGAUAUUUCUUCGCGAAUUUUUAAUACAGAAUGGAUAGAAAAAUUUUUAUGUAUAGAAGGGAAAAAAUCUAGACCGACAUGUUUAGUAUGUAACUCUGUAAUUGAAGUUCCAAAAAAAUUCAAUGUUCAACGGUACUAUAAUAAUCACAAUGAUAUUAUUGAAAAAUACCCCGAGGGUUCUGUAAAGAGGACAGAAUAUAUUAAAAAGAAGACUAAUUCAUUGUUAACUCAGCAAUCAAUUUUUACUAAACAAUCAAAUGAAAAAAAAGACAUGGUGUUAACGUCUUAUGAAAUCGCAUUUUUGCUGGCCAAGUGUGGAAAACCUUAUUCUGAUGGCGAAAUCAUUAAAAAAAGUUUCGAUAUUUUUGCAAAAAAUGCAAAUGAUUCAAAAAUUUCUACGUACGUAAAUGAAGAUAAUAUUAACAGACACAAAUAUAAAUGGAGGGGGGGGGGGAGUAAUAUGCAGUCACCGCCAGGCAGACAAUGUCUGUUGCUCAAUCGUGUUAAUUUUAUUUAUUUAUUCGUAUGUCAAUCGUGUUAAUCAAAAAGAAAAAAAUAUAUAUAUUUAUAUAAUACUAAGUAAUCCAUUUAAGUGGUUACGCUUAUUUUUUCAGAAAGUGUUAACUUUUGCUGGAAUUUAUUUUCUAGAACAUUUAAGAAACAAGCUGCUCUACAGUUUUAUAAUUAUGUUAUUUUUUGUUGCCUUUUUUUUGGGAGGUAAAAACAUUAUCUACUUUUAAUUUUAAAACGGCAAAAUAUAUUAAAAAUUCCAUAAAUAGAUGGAGUAUUAGUUAAAAUAAAUUUUAGUGUUGAAAUUUUUAUUUCUGUCUAACCGUCGAGAUAAUUCACUUUUAAGUUUGGGUUGGAGGAAAGUAGUAGUGCAUUAUUAAAGCACCGCGCGCUGUACCGACACAAAAAUGAUACUCCACUAUACUUUCCUCCAACCUAAAUUUAAAAGUGGGAUUUUCAAUAUUCUAAAAAACAAAUUCCGAGAAAAGUUAAUGCUUUUCGAGAAAAUAAGUGUACCCAAUUAUGUGAAUCACCUGGUAUGCUCAGUCAUGUAAGGUCAAUUGUUUUUUAUCGUGGUAUUAGCUUCAUUAAGAUAAAUUGCGAUACCUAUGUAAAGUAGAUUUUUUAGGCGAAAAUAUUGUGUAACUGAUUAUUAAAACAAUGAUGAACCUUCAAAUUAUUAAUCUACAAUUUUUUGAAAGACACAAAUAUCAUUAACAAAUUUAAUUUUCAUAGAAAAGUUAUUCGUGAAUCGUUUGAUAUUAUUUAGAAAUGAUAGUAAUUAAAAAAAUCGUUCACUUCAAAAAUUAUAAAAAAAACUGAUGAUUCACCAUUAGUUCGUAUAUAUAACAGCAACAUUUUAUAGCAAAAUUUGUUUUCAAAAUGAUUUGGAUUCUGUAAAAACAAUUUUAAAAUAGGACGAACAUACUUUGCGUGUGGGAGCAGACACUAUUGUAGGUGGGUAGUUGGAAGGUAGAAUAUAAAAGGGAAUUUAAUGUAUAUUUAUAAGCAAAGAUAUACCAUUGCUAAUGAAAAAACGAUUUUGAGCGGAAUUUAGUUGAUAGUGUUACUUUGUCAACAAUAUAUAUGUCAUAUUAUGGUAAAAUGAUUACAACAAUGAGUGUUUUCAUGAUAAUAAUGAUUUUUAAAAAAGAUUAAUAUAAUAAAAACUUAAUUAUAAUAAAAAAUAAACAACCUUAUUUUUAAUCUUUCAAUCUUUUUUAACCUAUAAAGAACCAGGUUUUUUUCAUUAUCUAGAAUAUUAAAUAGAAUUUCACUUGAUAAUCAGAGUAAGCUUUCUGGUAUAAAACGAGUUCACAUAAAAAAUAAACAUCAUUGUAAAACCAAUACUUUCCUAAGUAUGGAAAGUGUGUUCAAAUUGGACAUAAAUAUUUAUCCGUUUAUCCCUACGUAUUUUCUAUAUUUUUUCCGGUUUUUUCCAAUUGUUAUGAAAACCUCUCAAAAAUUUAAAAUAUGUCGAGUUUAAAGUACCAAGUAAAUGAACUAGUCUUUCAGGAAAUGUGCUAAACUUGAAAAUCGGAGCAAAAUUUCUGAUAAAAAAUUUUUUCAAAGAUAAAAAAAAAAAGAAUCAUUAUAAAACCAAUAAUUUAACCUCGCUUCACUCGGAAUUGAAAAAAAAAUAAGAAGGAAUGACAAUUUAAAAAUAUGAAUUUGAAAAAUAAAUGUUAUCCAAUAACACUAUAUUGUAUUAUGCAGUUACAGAGCUGUCGAUUAACGGAGCCGUAUGACCACGACGUUUUAAACAACCAAAGAACACAAUCAGCAAACGAUUCAAACGAUAGCUGGUUUGGGUCUAUCGGACUUUUAAGCAGUAGUGAUCGGAUCAACGUAGCGUUUAAAUUAGAAGACGUAGAACAAGUAAUAAUAAUAAUUAUAAUAUUAUACUCGUUAAAUAUUCUAUUAAAUUAAAAACCACAAUAUAAUUAUGUUUCGAGUAAUACUGAGCGAAUCGUGUUUUACAGGUCAGCAAUUUGUAUGUUUUCCACUUAUCGUCCGUACUCGUCAACGGUACAGAGACAUCGUCAACGUCAUGCAGUCCACAGAAUUCGCCUACAUAUUGUAGUUGCGUCAACUGUUCCCACGAAACUGUAAUGAGAGUAGCCACGAAUAUGGUUUACGGAUGGCAUAAAAUUCUCGGCUUAUAUCAAUUUUGGAUUUUAUGCUCUGUUAUCAUUAUGUUUAACGUCUUCAUGUUAAUAACUAGCGCGCUCCAAAAUCCAAUUUGUCUGGAAACGUUGGGUAACGACAUGGUUAUAAAAUCCAUGGAUAAUACAUAAGAGAUAGGUUAUAUUGGUUAUCAGGCGUAGUUCUUGUCUCUUCGUUCACACUCAGGAAUUAAAUAAGAACAAAACUGCAGGGUGUCCCAUGAAUAUAAUAUUAUGAUCAUUGCUAUAUAUUGAAAAGUACCUGUUCACUUUUUUCAUAAUUUUUUUUUUUUACAAUUUAAGAAACAAAUUCUAAAAUGUUACAUUAUCAUUAUUUUUGUUCGACCUUGGGAGUGAACCGAAUUUUUGGUUUUAAAAUGGCACCCUAUAUUAAAAAUACCUUAAAUUGGAAGAUGGAGUAUUAAUUUAACUGUAGCAUUUUGGUGUUGACAUUUUUCAUUUCCAUCAACCCGUUAACAAGUUAUUCCACUUUAGAGUUUAAAUAUGAAGAAAAUAGCAGGGCACCAGGAACACUGAAAACAAUGGAAAUAUCCAAAAAUUAGAGUGACAAAAAAAUAAUGGUAAUAUAACAUUUUAGAGCUACAUAUUUCUUAAAUUAUCAAAAGAAAAUGUUUAAAAAAAUUAAUAUUUUCCAAGAUAUCGCAAGGUAUCGCAAGAUAUCAAAUCUUUGUAAGACAUUACAGCAUAUUGUAUUGGACACGACAAGGUGUGAAGGUGUGGGUAGCUUGUCCACAAUUAAUUGGGCAAUCGGUAUCAAAGCAGAUAUAGUUGUAGAAAGUACGUAUCAAUUAGAAUAUGUAGAAGCCCUCUAAGAAUAAGUCUAUAUUAAUUACCUAUAGAUAGAUGGCGCAUUGUUAAUGGAAGGAAAAAUACCCCCGUACUCCGUCUAUCCAGGGACAAUUCGUAACUACAAAUAUAAUUAUCCUCUCCAGUCCUGCAUAUCUUAGUUGUGCAAUAAAUGUUACAAUAACUUCUCACUAUACGCACGACAACAAGAACUAAUUCAUGUAUAAGAGUCAACAUAUUACGAGAUAUUGCUAAUAUGCCCUAACCCAUUAUGUAUUAUCUAUGAUACAAUCACGAAUCGCGACAAUCAUAAUUAAUCGUUUAAGUAAAAUCGAAAUUUUUUUUAUCUCGGCAGACGACAAAUCGGAAGAUUACGGAAAACAGAGAUGUUGGGCAUCGAUAGGUUGGGGCCUUUUUUCAAUACUCGUCGGAUUGCUCGUCGACGUGUUUAGUACCGGUAAAAAGGAAAAAAAUUACUCGCCAAUAUUCUGUUCAGGCGUCAUACUGACGAUUUUCAAUUUGUAUGUGGUGACAAAAAUUAAAGUGCGUUAUAAUUGUAUUCAUUAUUAUUUAUUACCUAUUGCAGUCUAAAUUUUAAUUAACUUUUGACCGUUACAACCGUUGUUUAUAUCGAUAGCUAAGAGCUAAAAAGUGGCGACCAUUGAAUUGGCUCCCAAGAAAUACAAUAUUAAAUUGAACCCUAAUAAUAUUUUCAACAAGUGUAUCUCAAAAUAUAAAAAGUACCUAUGAGAAAUUAAUAUUUUAGCCACACGGUACCGGAUUACUAUUAAAAAUUAUCUAAUUUUAAGACGAUUACGCGUUCAAUAGUCACGAUUUAACUAUAAUAGAUAUUUCUAUACUUAGUCAUUGAGUACUUAAAAUGUAUUGGAUCUGAUGUCAUACAAUACAGUAAUCACAGUUCGUCGUUUGUAUUCAAUAUUCAUAUAACAAUAGUUUUAACUAUUGAAUGCUUUGGUCGAGAAAAUAAAAAGUGAAAAAGGAAAAUUAAUUUAUGUGUAUCUUUUCAAAAAUUCCAUAUUAAGUUUAAUCCUCAAUUUUAUUCACCAUACCCAAAUAUUUACAAUUUCUUUAAUAUAUUAUAUGGUGUUCAAGCUGUUACUGAAACUAUUAUAAGAAGUUGGUGUAAUAUCCAGAUUUCGAUGCAUACAUUAAACAAGCACUAGCUAACAAAUUUAAUCCUAUUACAUAAUACCUAUUAUUUAAAUUUGAAAUUUUGUUUAGUAAUUAUUAUUAUUUUAAUUGAAUUUUAUUAUUGAUAUUUUCAUUUGACUCUAUAUAAUUUAAUAUUUAUAUUUUAAAUAAAUUAUUUAUUAUUUAUUUAUUUAUCAUUUUGAACAAUUUUGAUAACCACUGUAUUCAUAAAAUAGAGGAGCUAAUUCAAUAGGUAAAAAUAUAGACUGCUUAGCUAAGUUUGGGAGCAAUUUCAAUAAUCCCGCUAAAAUUUGGGUGUCUAAUUUUUCUCAAAUCGUUUUAUAAAUCCACUGGAUUAACCAGGGUCGGCUAAAUAUUAUAAGUCUAUACCAUAUUAAAACUUGUUUUUUUUUUUUGUGGUAUUUUAAUUUUUAUGUUUUAAGUUCGAGAUUUUUUUCAGUGCACACUUACAAGUCUUAAAUAUAUGUGACAUACAAUAAUUUGUAUCGUUAUAUUAUGCGGACAAAUGUAAAAAAUUCUGGACUUGUUACUUUUAUGUUGUUUAUAUUACAUAGAUAUACUUAUAUAGGUGACUGAAACAAGAAAAUCAAAGGUCAAACGGAAGAAGAUUUAUGGACUGUUCACAAGAUUUUGCGUGAUAUUUUUCUAUGUGUGGGCAUUGCUCAAUUCAUUGUUCCACACGAUAUCCACCAGUUUCACAUUCUGGUAAUUUUUUGUUCCUACGGUAGUCACUAAUUGUUGAUUUACGGACCACUAUGGUUUAAUCAUAUAUAAAGCUGGGGGUUCUUGACAGUAGGGUUGCCAAUUUUAAGUAAAGUACGAUUAUAUCAUGUUUUUUGUUUUCGAAUUAGUUGUUAGUAAUUAGUAAUUAAUCGACUUAGGUAUAUGGAAGAACUGACGUUAUCCAACAACGACCGCAAUCAACUGAUGUGGCUAAAAACGCUACAAGGGUUGGCGCAGGCUGUCCAGUGUUUCUGCGGUGAAAUACCAUUUUUUUUCUGGUCCGGUUGGAUCAUCAAGAGGUUGGGACACGUCAACUGCAUGACUCUGGCUCUAGGUGCUAUGGCUCUCAGAUUGUACCUGUAUACCGUGAUUUGGAAUCCAGGUUGGAUCGUGCUUAUCGAACUGCUCAACGGCGUGACGCAUUCGCUCGCGUUUGCGGUGAAAAUGUCGUACGCAAAAAAGAUUGCACUCCCGGACACACUUAACACGGUUAUCGGAUACAUAAUGUUAAUUGACAUGUUUGGUACGUAUUCCCAAUGGUUUCCAAAAUAUACAUUGGGUCUGAUAGAAAACUAUGUACGUUUAUUACAAUUAAAGGGCUUAGUGUUGGUCAACGAUAUCUACGAUAUCUUAGGAGAAUUAUCGAAAAUACCCAAAAAUAUAUUUUUAUCCAACACUAAAACUUAAAAGCGUUUGUUGUAUUCCAAAAUAAAAUCGCUGAACAAUGAGUUCACUGGUUCCGUACAAAUUUGCACUUUGUGUAAUUUCGUUGAGUUAUUCCGGUUACCAUCACUAACUGCGAACCUAUACUAAACUAUUUUUGAUACUGACAUUUUUAAUGCUGUCACGCUCGUCAAUCGCAAUAAUUAAUUCUGAGGCCUUGCAUAAAAGUACGUAUUUCGAGAACUCAAAUUAAUUCAAAUUCGAAUUCAUUAUUUAACUUAUGACACUUAAAAAAUGUUUUCCUUUUUGAUAUCAUAUCUUAUAGGGAAUUAUUUGUAUUUUAAUAAUAAUGAUGAUACUCUUAACAUAACAAGCUUAAAUUUCGAACAAAAGAAUAUGUGGCUAUAUUAUAUUCUUAUGAUGAUUGAGUACCGAUAUUUUAUUUCUUUUUUUGCAUAAGCAAUAUAUAAAUAUAGACCCAGUUCGUUCAAUCAGUCCGCUUAAUGUAAUGAACUAAUAAUAAUUUUGGAAAUGGAUUCGAAUUCAGCGAAAAGUUUAUAUAAGAUCGGCCACUUAUUUUUUUCCCAAUAUUGAUAUCAAAUUUUUGAAAAUUAAGAACUAAAAUUUUAAAAAUUGACUAAUAUGACACAUGGUCAAAACAACACAUGCAAAUUAAGUUGCGUAUAUUUUACUCCUUCCCGGUUCUAACAUUAUUAACAAUGUCUCGAAGAAAAUUAAUAUACAAAUGUGGAUUUGAAUUUUAUAACACGAUUAAAUAUUUAACAUAAUAUUUAAAUAUUUAACUGCUCAUGUUUUAAUCGAUUCCCAAUUUUUUACGUUACAGGCGAUUCUUUAGCUACUCUAUUAGGCGGAUACAUUUUCGGUUGGUAUGGAGGAGUGUGGUCGUUUAGGUUUUUCGCUUUUGGCGCUGCGCUGAUGUGUUUCUUGACCAUACUGACGAACAAUGUUUAUCCAAUGACCGAGGAUAUAGAAAAAUUGAAUUUUAUCUCUGUUACUAUCGAUCCUCAAAAGACAAUAACAAAUGAUGAUGGUGUCGUUAUUAUAAACUAAAAUAUUAUAAAUUUAGGGCUCAGACGUUAUUGCACUAAAAAUGUUAUACAAUUGAUUGCAUUAUUGCUAUCACGCAUCUAUUGAUCAAAUUGUUUUUCCAGUUACCACCGACGACGAUGGUCAAACAAGCCACAAGUCGCAACCAAAAAAGCCCGACAUAACCAUAGAUUAUCUCCAAAUAUACGCUAAUAAAAAAAGUGAAAACAUAAAAAAAUACAUAAAAUUGUAUUGAAAAUGACGAUAAUCAAAAAAUUUGCAUUUAAAUUGAAAAAAGUAAAAAACUGCAGAAAGUUGCACUUAAAUUUUUUAAAUAUUGCUUUUUACUUGUUUGAAAUAAAUGUAUAACCUACUUAGUAACGAAUCCGAACAAUAGAAAAUAAGUUGCAAAUGCAACAACACUCGAGCUCUAAUUAUAAUAAAUUGUUUUUUUCUUUAAGCAAAUUAUACAUUUUAAAGACAUGUUUACGAUUCGUGUUUAGAUAACACUUGGCAUAGGCCAAGAAGGUUGAUUUUCUAUCGCCCUCCCACCCUGAAACCACCGGUGUCAUCAAAGACAGUGCUAAACAUAAUAAAAUUAAUGAAAUAUUUGAUUGGCCAAGAGAUUAAGACUUUAUAUAGUUAUAUAUUUAUAUUUAUGUAUAUUAUUAUGUUUUAUGUACAGCAACCGAUUAUAAUAAAGGUACU